UUUGACUCAUAAAGCAAUAUUCCAUCAAUCAUAGCCAUGGAAUUUACCAUUACAUUGUUUCUGCUGCUCCUCUCUUGUUCUCAUCUUUCUUUCCCCGUCUCAUGCAAUGUAAACCAAAUCCAGAGUCUAGACAAGUUGAUUAAGUCCCAAAAAUCUACCAACCCUCCUCGCAGUGAACCAUGGAGUACUGAGUUAGAUAUUGGCACCGAAAGCAAUUUCUCUCCGCCGGUGUAUCUCGGUUCCCAAGAAGGGUUGAUGAAGGCUGACAAGAUUGAGGCAUUACCGGGACAGCCGCAUGGAGUGGACUUUGAUCAGUAUGCAGGAUAUGUAACAGUAGAUGCCAAGGCAGGAAGAGCACUGUUCUACUACUUCGUGGAGUCUCCUCACAAUUCUUCCACCAAGCCUCUGGUUCUAUGGUUAAAUGGAGGUCCAGGAUGUUCUUCUUUCGGAUAUGGAGCCAUGGAAGAGCUGGGACCUUUCAGAGUUAACAGUGAUAAUAAGACACUCUACCGGAACCCAUAUGCAUGGAACAACGUGGCGAAUGUGAUCUUCUUGGAGUCACCAGCAGGUGUCGGGUUUUCCUAUUCAAAUAGGUCCUCCGACUACGCCAACGUUGGUGACAAGAAGACAGCAGAGGACUCCUACACUUUCCUAGUGAACUGGCUUGAAAGAUUUCCCCAAUACAAAACCAGGGAUUUCUUCAUAGCAGGAGAGAGUUAUGCUGGACACUACGUUCCACAGCUUGCUUACACCAUUCUCUCUAAGAACAAGAAAUUAAAUAAAACUGUGAUUAACCUCAAAGGAAUUGCAAUUGGUAAUGCCUACAUAGAUUAUAACACAACUAUAAAGGGAAUGCUUGACUACUAUUGGACACACGCUCUCAACUCCGACGAAACACAUGCAGGAAUUUACAAGUACUGCGACUUUGUUACCGGUAACUUUUCUGAUAUUUGUCUUCGGUAUCAAAUCAAAGUCUUAGCUGAGAUGGGAGACAUCAAUAUUUUCAAUAUUUAUGCCCCCUCCUGCAAUUUAUCAGCUACAUCAUCUGGCUCGGUUUCUGUUGAGAAUUUUGAUCCUUGCUCUUCCUAUUACGUGGAUUCUUACCUAAAUCUGGCUGAGGUACAAGUAGCUCUUCAUGCAAAUGCGACGCAGUGGUCAGGUUGCAGCCCUGUGGGAUGGACAGACAGCCCAACAACUAUUCUACCCAUAAUAAAGCGGUUAAUGGCAAGCAGAAUUAGGGUGUGGAUAUACAGUGGCGAUAUGGAUGGCCGAAUUCCAGUUACGUCCUCCAGGUACUCAAUCAACGCCCUCAAAGUCCCAGUUGAGAAAGCCUGGCGCCCAUGGUACUCUGGUGGAGAGGUAACAUAUCUUUCCCUCCAAUUCAAUAAGUUUAGUUAGGGCUUUAACCUUUUAAUGUAUCCCAGU